AUGUUCACUGGGAUCGUCGAGCUUCUGGCUCCCAUUAUCGACAUCUCGCCGCAAGAUGAAUCCAAAUCAGGAGGCGGAGGGUACUCGAUGACCAUCGGCAAGGCCGCUGCCAUCCUCAAAGACUGCCACAUCGGUGAUAGCAUCGCCGUCAAUGGAACCUGUUUGACCGUCACCGAGUUCGAUGCAUCCGAAUCCAGCCACGGUGGCUUCUUCAAGAUUGGCGUGGCUCCCGAGACGCUCAAGAAGACCAACCUGGGCGAGCUCAAGGUCGGGGACGGAGUCAACUGCGAACGUGCCAUGGACGCGCAUACGCGAUUCGGUGGGCACUUUGUGCAGGGUCACGUCGACACUACCGCUCUCAUCCGAUCUGUCGUUCCCAACGGGAAUGCCCUUACUAUCACUCUGAGGCUGCAACACAGACCCGACUCCCUACCGCUGCCAUCCAGCCUCUCGCCUUACCUCAUCCCUAAAGGCUACGUUACACUUGACGGCGCUUCGCUGACGCUGAUCGAGGUAUCUGCCGCAACAGGCGGACUUCUGCCCUCCAACUCAACAGCAGGCGACGUACGAGAAGACGCACAGACGCCCAAGAAGGAGAUUGUCGAGUUCUCCGUCAUGCUCAUCGCUCAUACACAGGAGGUCAUCGGACUAAGCAAGAAGAAGCCAGGCGACACGGUCAAUGUGGAACUCGACAUGGUGGGCAAGUACGUACACCGUGCCGUCUUGGGCUCGCUUGAAAGGGAUGCGGAGGAUCACGCAGAGGCGGCCAACAGUAUCGACGCUGGACGGCAGGCUGUGGGCAACGCUGUGGGUCCCGCCUCAUCGCAGGCAUUGGAAGGCAUGGUCGAGAGAAUAGUUCGAAAGGUGCUUAGCGAGCAGAAGUGA